AUGAGAACCCUCGCCCUCCUCGGCCUGGUCGCUGUACCAUCGCUGGCCCUUAAUAUUCCCGCACAACAGCUUCUCUUCCCCGACACCGAUUUGUCGGGCAAUCAUUAUAACCUUCUAUCUGAACCCUCUCCAAAGGAAACCUGCCCCCAGGCUCCAAAGGCUAGCAUCCCUGAGGAUGGCUUCCACUCGUCGCAGACCUUCCUUUCCGACGAUGCCUUCCGCGCCCGGCAGGCAAACCGGCUUUCGCGCGCCGUGCAAGUACCAACCACCAUAGGAGAUUAUAUGGAAGACCCAUACGAUGAGGUCUUCGAGCCUUUGGUCAAAUUCCAAUCGCUAUUGCAGGAGAUGUUCCCUCUGGUGCAUGACCGUGCUAAGGUUGAGCAUAUCAAUCGUCUGGGACUAGUCUUUACUUUCGAGGGUAUCGACAAGACACGCAAGCCGCUGCUCUUCAUGGCCCACCAAGACGUCGUCCCGAUCGAUGACCCAUCAGACUGGACUCACCCACCAUUCGCAGGUGUCUUUGACGGCGAAUGGGUCUGGGGUCGCGGCGCAAGCGACUGCAAAAAUGUCCUCAUCGGACUAAUGUCCGUAGCUGAAGACCUUCUCUCGCAGAACUGGCAGCCACAGCGCACAGUCUUAUUUGCCUUCGGGUUCGACGAAGAAUCACACGGCUUCCUAGGCGCCGGAGCAAUUUCAGCAGCCCUCGAGGAAAAGUACGGCAAGGGCUCAUUCGAGUUCAUUCUCGAUGAGGGUGGCAUGGGACUUCAGAGUCUGGGCGACGAAUCCGAUCCCAGCGGCGAGGUCGUGUAUGCGCUCCCCGCGGUCGGCGAGAAGGGUAGUCUCGAUCUGAUCAUCGAUAUCGCCGUGCCUGGUGGCCAUAGCUCUGUCCCGCCCGCACACACAGGUAUUGGUGUUAUGGCGGAGAUCAUAUACGAACUCGAGCGGAAGGAGCUAUUCCCCGCUUGGUUGGAUACCAACCACCCCGCCCACGGAAUGCUCGAGUGCCAGGCACGGUACUCGCCCGACCACGUCGAGCCCUGGCUAUCCGAAAAGCUGGCAGCUAACGAUCCCGCUGCGCUCGGGGAGGCGGUUGCCAGUUCCCGUGGCCCAGCGGUACGCUAUACAAUGCAGACAUCACAGGCCGCUGACCUGAUUCACGGCGGUGUCAAGACAAAUGCUCUACCGGAGAAGAUCUCCGCAGUCGUGAACUACCGCGUCGGACUACACCAGACACCUGAUGAGCUGCUCGAGCGCGCUGUUCGGAUUAUCACCCCUAUCGCCGAAACUCACGAUCUCGCUCUGCGGAUUGAUUUCCCCGGUGUGGCUGAGUCCAAAGAAGGUGAUGCAAACGACCGUACCCUCACUCUAUCCCCUCUAAGUGUUCCUCUCGCCCCGGCUCCGAUCUCGCCAACGGAUCCGCUUACGUCGAAGGUGUGGGCGCAGUUUGCUGGUGUAGCCCGCACUGUCUUCGAGUCGCAUUCGAAUCCACUUUCCAAGUCUGCCUCGAAAACUGGAUCCAAGCCGACUGUUGUGGUCGCGGGAGAUGUGAUGACUGGCAACACAGAUACCCGCUUCUACUGGACUUUGUCGGAGAAUAUCUACCGUUGGAGUCCCUCGAGGGCUGGCGGAUCGUUCAACAUCCAUACAGUGGACGAGCGCAUUCACUUGGAUGUGCAUUUGGAAGGGAUGAUGCUUUACUAUGAUCUGAUUCUAUCUUUCGAUGCUUGGGAUGAUAAUUCUGAGUAA